GCAGGAGAGGCAAUUGAGGAAUUCCAAUUCCCCUUUUCCUCUUUGCCAAACUGAAGCGUGACACCUGGAGAGAACUGCGCUGCCUGCUCGUCAUGCGUCUGGCAGCUCGGGUCGGGCGCCGCGUCGCAGGUCUCCUCACACACCCGCGGUAUUAGGCUCUGGCACGCCGGGAGGAUCGUGGGAGGUGUAGCUGCGGUGCGGACUCGAACCAACAGGAGACAGGAGUGUCACGAGCCAUGGCCAGAAAUUUGCUCGCAGUCAAAGCCUUCCUCUGUGUCCUCGUGUUAACUUCCGGCGGCUAUUUGUAUCUAAACGACAUGCUCGGCUCGCGGGCGGCAAGGCUCUUCCAGCUGGCUGAGGGGCUGACGCCGCCGCCGCGCCUGGGCGAGAUGUAUGAUGUGGUCGAAAUGUCGGACUUGGCGCCCGUCACCUCAGUCCCGCCCACGAACGCGACGCCCGUCACCCUGAUCCCGCCCACGAACACGACGCCCGUCACCCUGAUCCCGCCCACGAACACGGCGCCCAUCACCCUGAUCCCGCCCAGCCGGAGAGUGAGGUACGCGAACCUCAGCGGGCUCGGCUUCCCCCUGCCUGUGCUCACGUGCCAGCCCAAGGGUCGCCUGGGGAACCUGAUGGGGGAAUACGCCACCCUGUGGAGCCUGAGGCGCUCCUACCACGUGACCGCUCUCGUCAGCCCCAAAAUGAAGACCAGCCUCAGGAUGUUUCCUUCGCUGUCUCUCCCCGCGCUUGGAGCGCCUGCAGCCCCUCCCGGAGCGCCAGGCCCCUCGCCACGCCAGCACCCGCGCGUCGAGUGGCGGAAGGUGGGCAGAAGCGGCGGCUCCUACUACAACUUCUCGCUGGUGGAGACGGCGGCGGCGGGCCUGCUCGGGCCGCACCACUUUCAGAUCCAAAACAGCCCAUUCGAGAUGCAGCUCUUCGGUCGCUUCAAGGACGACCUCAGGAGGGAAUUCACCUUCUCCGAGGGACUCCGAGACCAGGCGCAGAGGUUCCUGAGCCAGGUGAAGCAAGGUCAGCGCGCGCGCGGUGUCCCCGGAGCCGAGCCAAUGUGGGUCGGCCUCCACGUCAGGCGGACGGACUACAGCGCCCACGUCAAGAAGCUGUUCCGCGGCGGCCUCCCCGGCGUCGGGUUCCUCGAGCGCGCGAUGGCCCACUUCCGGGAGAAGCUCGGCGGCGGCGUCGCGUUCGUCGCCGCCUCGGACGACCCGCGGUUCAUCAAAGCCACGCUGAGCCGCCACGCAGACGUCUAUUUCGCUCCAGGAAAACCGCCAGAACUCGACAUGGCCGUGCUCGCGUCGUGCAACCACAGCAUCAUCACCCUGGGCAGCUUCAGCUUCUGGACCGGCUUCCUGACGGGAGGAGAGGUAGUUUAUCCAGACGUCCGAUUUCGGCGCCCCUACAGAUUCGCCAGGAAGAUGUACGAGGCGGCGCAUCUGGACAACUUCACGCCGCUGCCAGCCUAGCCUCGAGUCCCACUCCAAAGGCCAGGCCUCGAAC